CAAAUCAAAUUUAUCAGACCGAUGAAUUGCUCACCCUAAACGAAAAGAAUAAAAUGAAACCGAAAGGCAUUUUCUUAUAGUCAAACUGAAACCUGGCCAAAGCAAUCGAACAACCCACUUUCAAACUCAAAAAGUUCUUACAACAAAGCAUCCCAUCUCUCUCUCGAAGUUAUUCUCCUCUUCUCUUUCGUGCUCUUCGCCUUUCCCAACAGGACGUUGGUUUUGUGCAUAAACAAGUCAAGGAUGGAGAAAAAUGAAGUAGGUAUUUGCUGGUUUUGAAGCAAAAAGGUAAAAUUUUUGGUUCAGAGGCCUGAUUUUUGUGUAAUUUUGGUUCACGUAGGAGCUUGGUUCUGUGCACAAACAGGUUAACUGAAGUGGGUAUCUCUUGGUUUUGGAGAAAAAGGAAAAUACUUUGGUUGAAAGGCUUGAUUUUUGUUUGUAAUGGAGGGAGGGCUAGGUGGAAACACCGUUCCGCCAAAUUCAAUGGAUAAAUCUAAAGUAUUAGAUGUAAAACCACUACGUACCUUGGUUCCUUUGUUCCCAGAGGCUUCUGAGGGUACUCCUUUUGUUUGUGUACCUCCUAAUGGCCCUUUCCCAUCUGGGUUUUCACCAUUUUUCCCCUUUAGUGGAUCACAAGGAUCCCAAUCUACACCUGACCUUAACCAAAAUGACUUCAAUUCAACUGCUGUGCCGCUUCGGUCGUUUAGAGCAGAACCUAAUGGCCAAAAUACGUAUGGCAGUCAUAAACACAAAUCAGCUGGAUCAAGUUCUGUUAAAAAAAAAGCAAAGAGGAUCAAAGAUUCGGAGUUUGUAUUAACUGCUCUUAGUAAUUUCAAUCCUGGAAUUAGUUUAUCUGAACGAGAUGAUGGUAACAGGGAAUUGGUUGAGAAUGUGCUUUUGAGGUUUGAUGCGCUUAGGAGAAAGCUUAGCCAAAUGGAAGAUGCGAGGGAAUCACAUUCUAGCAUUACUAAGCGUGCAGACUUGAAAGCUGGCAACAUGAUGUUGAGCAAAGGGGUUCGGACUAACAUGAAAAAGAGAAUUGGGGUUGUUCGUGGUGUUGAAAUUGGGGACAUUUUCUUCUUCCGGAUGGAGUUGUGUUUAGUGGGGUUGCAUUUUCCAUCCAUGGCUGGAAUUGACUACAUGGUUAACAAGGGUGAUUUAGAGGGAGAGCCAGUGGCUUUAAGCAUUGUUUCAUCUGGAGGGUAUGAUGAUGAUGCUGAAGAUCCUGAUAUUUUGGUAUAUAGUGGUCAAGGUGGGAAUGCCAGUAGAGAUAAAGAAGCAUCUGAUCAGCAGCUUGUAAGGGGCAAUCUUGCUUUGGAAAGGAGCUUGCACCGAGCCAAUGAAGUACGAGUCAUUCGGGGUUUGAAGGAUGCUAUCCAUCAAACGUCUAAGGUCUAUGUAUAUGAUGGGCUUUACAAGAUCCAAGAGUCAUGGAUGGAGAAGGGGAAAUCAGGUUGCAAUAUGUUCAAGUAUAAAUUGGUAAGGGUCCCUGGGCAGGCAGUUGCUUUUGCCACUUGGAAAUCUAUUCAGAAGUGGAAAGAAGGUCUGUCUUCAAGAGUUGGACUUAUUCUUCCUGACCUCACUUCAGGUGCGGAAAGCAUACCUGUUUCACUUGUAAAUGAGGUUGAUGAUGAAAAGGGGCCUGCUUACUUCACAUAUUUCCCUACUGUCAAAUAUUCGAAAUCAUUCAAAUUAGUGCAACGUACUUUUGGCUGCACUUGUCAUGAUGCAUGCCAAGCAGGAAAUUCUAACUGCUCCUGCAUUCAAAAAAAUGAAUGUGAUUUCCCUUACACUGCCAAUGGGAUUCUAGUUUGUAGAAAACCCAUGAUAUAUGAAUGUGGUCCCUCAUGCCCAUGCUUUCGUAACUGCAAAAACAGAGUUUCACAGACUGGUUUUAAAGUUCACUUAGAAGUUUUUAAGACAAGGGAUAGGGGUUGGGGUCUGCGGUCAUGGGACCCUAUUCGUGCAGGUACAUUUAUCUGUGAAUAUGCGGGUGAAGUUAUUGAUGAAAUUAAGGCAAGGCAGGAUGGGGGAGAUGGUGAAAACAAUGAGUAUGUUUUUCAUACAAACCGUCUCUAUGAAUCCUUCAAGUGGAAUUAUGAAACUGAGUUAGUAGGAGAGGAAGGUUCUGACAGUACUGAAGAUUUUGAUAUUCCAUCUCCCCUAACCAUAAGUGCAAAGAACAGUGGAAAUGUAGCUCGAUUUAUGAAUCAUAGUUGCUCUCCAAAUGUUUUCUGGCAGCCAAUCAUGUAUGAACAUAACAAUGAAGCUGUCCUCCAUAUUGCUUUCUUUGCAAAGCGACACAUUCCUCCUAUGACAGAGUUGACAUAUGAUUAUGGUAUUCCACACUCAAAUGAGACUGAAAGUAACAAUGCAGCAUAUGGAAGAAAGAAAUGCUUAUGUGGAUCACCAAAAUGCCGAGGUUAUUUUUAUUAAGGUUUAGGUUGCAUGCCUGUAUUCCGUAGACAGGCAAAACUUUUGGCUUUUUGAAAGAGGUUUGGGACCUCACUUGUCUUUGUCUAAAUUAUGCAAGUCUACAUGCUUUUAUGUUUAAUGUAUAUAGCUUGUACUAGGGGUACUGAUUGUUCUUAUGCUUUUAGUGCCCUUACAUGCAGAAGAACUGACAAUGUAUGGAAACCAUGUAUGAUGGUGUUUUUGUAGUCUAUAUAGCAGAAUGUCAAUGUAUGGUUCUGUUA